AUGUACGAUCACGUUCCUAAUCGUUCAUCUCCUAAUUUGGCAUCACUCGCCCGUCUCUCCCCCACUAAUUUCCUUAAUAUUGCACCGUCACACGUGUGUCUAAUGGUCGUAUCCACUUCCGGCAAACUGACGAUAACCGGUCCAGAGAAGAGAGAGCACGUGACCUCCCAAGCUGACAGCGUCACCUUCAAAUGCCCUUUCCAUUCUGACACCUUCAACUUGUUCGAUUAUCCGUUCAGAUGGAAAAAACAUCAGCUGGAUGAAACGACCGAGAUGAACACGAUGGGCAACUUGGUAGAACCAUUCCUCAAUGGAAGGUUCCAUCUUAGUUACUCAAACAACAGUCUGCAUUACAUUCUCGAACUCUCGAUCAUCAACAUCUCGAUGGAGGACGAGGCAAAUUACACGUGCGAAAUCAGAGGGCCGACCUCCAAGGUCGAAGGUCAGGUCGUCCACCACCUCUACGUCAGAGGCUAG